ACUGUCUCUCUCUCUCUCUCUCUCUCUCUCUCUCUCUCUCUCAAAUCUCGUGUUCCAAUCUUAACCGAGAGAGAGUGUGUCUCUUUGUGUGUUUGAGCAUUGGGAACUCGAAACCUCGCUCACAAUCUGCAGCAACCUCGCUCACCAUGAGGCCUCAGAGAAUGUCGAUCCACACCGUCGCCACAUGGGUCAGGCGCCAACCCCCAAAGGUCAAGGCCUUCCUCGCCGUCGUCUCCGGCAUGGCCGCUCUCGUCCUUCUUCGCUUCAUCGUUCACGAUCACGAUAACCUCUUCGUUGCUGCUGAAGCUGUCCACUCCCUCGGAAUCUCCGUUCUCAUCUAUAAGCUCAUGAAGGAGAAGACUUGUGCCGGGUUAUCACUCAAAUCCCAGGAAUUAACAGCUAUGUUUUUAGCUGUUAGGCUGUACUGUAGUUUUGUCAUGGAAUAUGACAUACACACCCUGCUGGAUUUUGCUACUUUCGCAACUACAGUGUGGGUUAUUUACAUGAUUCGUUUUAAACUGAAGGCUAGUUACAUGGAGGAGAAGGAUAACUUUGCAAUAUACUAUGUGGUGAUACCAUGUGCUGUGUUAGCCUUGCUUAUUCAUCCGUCAACUUCUCAUCAUAUAUUGAACAGGAUUUUCUGGGCAUUCUGUGUAUAUCUAGAAGCUGUUUCAGUACUACCCCAACUGAGGGUCAUGCAGAACACAAAGAUUGUUGAGCCAUUCACAGCUCACUAUGUAUUUGCACUGGGCGUUGCAAGAUUCUUGAGCUGUGCUCACUGGGUUCUUCAGGUUUUAGAUACUCGUGGACAUUUGUUGGUUGCCUUGGGGUAUGGUUUAUGGCCAUCAAUGGUGCUUAUCUCAGAAAUUGUCCAAACCUUCAUCUUAGCAGAUUUCUGUUACUAUUAUGUCAAAAGUGUUUUCGGGGGACAGCUUGUUCUUCGUCUUCCCUCUGGAGUGGUGUGAUUGAAGAUCUGCUUUGGUGCGGUCCCACAGUUACUAUUAACUUAAUGAGGCAUCAUGGUUGGUUCCCAUUGUUAGAGUACAUUCACAGUUGUUUCCUUGGUGGAAAUGUAAAGUUAGGGAUGAAGGAAACUAAAUAUAUUUAUGUUUGAGAUACGGCUAUUUAUAGUUGGAAAUGCAGAGUCUCUAUUUGCUUAGGCUUUUGGAUUCAUUUUUGUUAUGACUUCUUCACGUUCUUAAGUUCUAAUGAAACCUACCUUAAAAAUA